UUUGGUACGUGCCGGCCGCGUGCUCUGGUGCCUUCAAAGCCGGUGGCGAGGCCCGGAGACAGGAACUCUAUCAGCACAUCGUGAACAUGUACCGAUUGGGUGACCCCUGCACUCUGACGGUUCUUGCCAGACAGGCACAUCCCCUGUAUCCCCUCUUCUUCGACCUGGACAUCUUUGGUGGCCAAUCCGAUCGCUUUGAGGAUCAAAGUGUACACGACGCC